AUGACACGAAUAAUUAUGGACAUUCAUCAAACAAUGCUGGCCAUGCCCACAAUGACAAUAAAUGCUCAUACAAAGAAUGAUAAAGCAGUUUCAAAUAUAGAUGAUAAGUUAAAAAAAUACUUUGCAUCCAUUUCCAUAUUCAAAGAAAAGAUUGAAUUGACUCGUGAACAGUUUUAUGGAGAUGAACCAAUUCGACUGGAUUUGAUCGGAAAGAGUUGUAAAUCUACAUUUAUGGAAAAGUUAUCUUCGACGCCAAUAAAGUUUAUGCGAAAACUGGGCAGUAAAUCGUUGACAAAAGACACUGACGAAGUUAGUGCGAUAGAAAAACACAUAAAAAACAUCAAAGAUUCAAAGCUUGAAGUAACUAUAUACAUGGUGAGCUUACUAAAUCUUUAA